UUCGUUUAUUGGUGGACUUUUUGUUUAGUUCGAUGUGCCCGUAUUAGAAAUUAUGUUUGAGGACCGUUUCGGACGCGCUAACAACAUGUAAUUGGUGAAGUAAGCCGCCCAAUGCAGAAGUUUUCACAAUGAAUGUUCAUUAGCUGUUGGAACAUCGUGUCUUCUUUCUGUCAAGCAUCGGGGGGAGAGUAGUUAAAGUGCUGACCCUCAUCGCUUGAAGGAGCUGUUGGCUCAUAAAAGUGUUAAUAACUCCUCGUAAUGCGAAGAAAGCGCUGUGGAACGGGAAAUUUGCGGAUGCAGAUACGUUUUCGUGCAUAAUUCUGCCUCGGAUGCAUCGCGCUCGUGUCCACAUCAUCCUCACCAUUAUCAGCUAGUUUGUGUGUUUUUAUGUGGUGUAUGCUACUACUAUACAGUUCAUAUUGAUACACUUGAUGCUUACUUUUCGCAACAAGGGCGCGCAGAUUACGAAGUGAAACAAACAACAAGAAAAUAAGCCUCAUCCCAUCGAACCUGAGCACUGCGCGCACGAAUAACACCAACAAGAGCAGCAUCGAAUUGCAACGGUUCAAAGCACCGCUGGCUACGAUCAUAAUGUCGAAAACAUGUGUGAAGUGAAGAUGCACCGUGUCGCGAUCAUUGUAUUGAUGCAGUUCCAGUAUGUGGGUUAUCGAUGCACGAAAGCAACAGGCCCAUGCCAAACCCAGAUGGUGGGAAUUUACCAAUGAAAGAUGUAUGAUUCAACCAUGUUGUGCUGCUUCUGCUGCUGCUGUAGGACCGAGUCUGCCGUGCUGAACACCAUGCAUUGGUGGUGACGGUGAUGAAUCGGAUGCGCCAAUGGAUGAAUCACGAUCUCGGAGCCGCAAAACAACGAACAUACUAAUAAGCGAAGGCUUUCUUAGCGUUGCUUUCUUCAUACUGUAGAAGACAAACGCGAUAAGACACAAGGCAAAGGUGUGCACACAGAGAUUAUUCUGCAAUACUUGUGCGGGAAAUACAACGGCACUAGUAUCAAAACGAAGAAAAAAAAAGAAGAAACUGCGGCUCAGAUUACGCGCAGCCCAGUUUAAAUUUCGUCGCCCCGUGCGAAACAGUUCGCUUCGGUGGUGAUAAGGUGCGGUCGGCUGUGGUGAACAAUAAUGGGCGAUGCGAAAGUGAAACAACAGCCCUUUUACGGCGCACAAUCGCAUCAUCACCAUCACCACCAUCAUCUGCACGAUCCAUCUGCUUCCGGAACGGUCUUAAAGAGUACGGGUGGUACAGCAUCGACAGCUCCAACCAUGACGACGAUGGCGGUGUUGGAUUCAAAGCACGCCAACAGUGCCCUCAUGGGCGGUGGAAGCCCGCAGCAAUCGACCGGCAAGGAGUCAACAAUGGCGGCUACCAAUGCGGCAGGAAAAGACAAAAGUCCCGCUAGCUUAAAAUACGAGCAGCUUAAACUGCGCAAACAGGAACUAGAGAAGCGGCUGAAUGAAAAGUAUAGUCAACUACAGCAGAUCAAGCGCGAGGAAGCGCAGCUCAUUGGAAUGUACCCGAGCGAUUUCAGCUGCGGAAUCGGACCAGCCGGUUCGGGCGAGAACGGUACAGGUGCAAAUGGUGGAACGAAUGGCAACGGGACGGCACCGACAUUGCGAAGAAAGAUUGGUACCAGCUUCAAGCUGCCGGAAAACCUGCUAAACAACAAAGAGGAUGAUAUCAACAAGCUGUUGCUAGAAAAGCAGAUACAGCAGCAAAUUUCCGAAGCAUCCCUACGGCUUGCGAACGAUAGUAGCCAGCCGAAAUCCGUCCGUCGCACACAUAAACAAAACUAUGAAAUGGCCCAGCAAAAGUUGCUGGCAAUAAAUCAAAACUUAAGUGUGCUCAAAAAACGACAACAGCAAAAAGAACAACAGCAACAACAGCAGCAGCAGCAACAACAGCAGCAACAACAACUGCAACAACAAUCGCCGGAACAUAAACCAACGGCCAGGGAUGACAUUGAUCUCCAUAAAACGGCCCAGGUAAAUCGGUUCCGAUCGAACAGCAACAGCAGCAGUAUGCUUAUGCAUUUAUCCGAGCGACGAAACUCGGUGAAAUCAAACACCUCCUCUAACGCAUCUGGGAGUAUCGCCGGCCAUCAUCAUCUGUAUCAGCAUCAGCAGCAUAUGUUACAGGUACAGAUCCCCGCUGGACACUACCAUGUACAGCAUCAGCAGCAGAACCCGCAGAUAUCCCCGUACUCGAUACACAGUGGAAUCAUUCCGUCCGGUUCGCAAAGCAUGACCCAGGCUGCAUCGGCUGCCAUGAUUUCACAACUGAGCAUGCUGCGACACCGCGCACGAACCGACAGUUUCCCCGGCAUUGCCACAAACUAUGACACCACAUCAACGACUGGUUCGGCUGGUGGAGAGCAGAGUUUGAAAAUGUCACCAUUAAGCGGAAGCGGAAGCAUCACCAGUGGAGGCAACAUCAGUCAUCAGCAGCUCCAGCAUCAUCACCAUCACCAUCAGAUGGGGCCGGGCCCUGCGCGGAUGAAUCGAUUGGUGCAGCAGCAGAUCGGAGUGAAUUACAGUCCUCCACCGCCUCCAUCGGCCGGCGCAACGAUGGGUAACAUGCCAGGAUACGUUCUCUCGCCGACCAACACACCCGGUAACGGAGCGCAAGCAUUUGUUUACGACGCCAAAGUGAUAUCGAGACUCCAGGCCAAUGCUGGUGGCAUGGCAGGAAAUACUAACAUUCUUCAUUCGCCUCAAGGAACAGCAACGGGCUCUUCGUCAUCGUAUCUGGUGAACGAUCAAAACUAUUGUCCCAACGUAAUGGUAUCGGCCACACCAACAGGUUCUGGUGCCGGCUUUGAGCACGGAUCGCACGAAACGCUGACAGUGCCAUCCAGUGGUGGCUUGGGAGGCUACUGGAUGACGUUGGAGAGCGGUGAAAAGGUCUGGUGUUCCGUUGACAGCCGUCAGUUUUCCAGCCUCGACCGAAAGCAGCAAGGUGUGCAUGGGGGAAGCAUGAAGCUGUCCAGAACGAGCACGAAGCUGAGCGAUCGGGUGAAGCCAUCGGGCCAGUUUACCGUGGGGACGGCCGUAAAAUCGUCUUCGUUGGGCAACUUUCAGGAAGCGAUCGGAAAAUCUUCCUCGUUAGAUGACAACGAGAUGAUCUCCGUACAGCCAGAUGCGAUCUCCGUCACCUCCGGUUCGAGUGAGCACAAGAAGAGGGAGAAAGUGUGGCGUGAAACGUCACUCGAUAGCCCGGUGGUAAAACAUAAGACGCUUCCACCGGUUCCACCUUCACACGUGGGGCAAAUGUCACCUUCGUCAACGGGAAGUGGACACUUUCCACAGUCUCCUCCGUACAUGCAGCCGGCACUGUUAGGCACUCAUUCCUCCACUGCUCCCUUGCACAUCAAUACGAACGUUCAGGGUUAUGGUGGGCCUUGCUCACCGCUACUCUUAUCCCCACAGCAGAUGCGUUACUAUCAGCAGCGACAGCAGCAACUCUUAGAGCAACAGCGGGCACGUAUUAAACAUCAGCAGCUCCAACAGCAGCACCAUCAGCAACAUAUGCAGCAGCAACAACAGCGGCUAAUGUUGGAAGAACAGCAGCAACAUAUGAACAGUUCAUCUUUGAGACAAAGAGAAGUGACCUCAGGAGGCAGUCUGCAAUCUGGCUUAACUACGGUAGCUGCGGAAGCUUACAAUCCUUAUCAUUAUCAGCAGCAGCAACAGCAGCAACAGUUGCAACCGGUUCCCCCUCCAUAUCAUUCUCGUCAUCAACACCCGCCUCCGCCUCCGUUACCACCACCGAAUCAGCAUCAUUACCAUCAUUCCCACCAGCAACAGCUACAGAGUCGACUAGAAAAUUCACCGCCAGCACCUCCGCAACACCUCGAUCUCUUGCCGCAAUCGUACGCCCAACAAUCGUUUCCCGACCGAAGCAUCCCGCCGCAUCUUUCACCUUCCUCGUCGCAUCAUCGUAUGGGACCGGCAGCUCAGGACGGCGGCGGUUACUAUCCUCAUCGGGGGCAACUGUCCUCACGGCACCCGGAUCUGGUCAUCUCGCCGACGCUCUCCCAGUCGUCCUCGCACACACUCACCUCGGCGACGGCCGUAGUGCAGGCACUUCCGGUCGUUGGAGGAGGGCUGGAGGAGAACGGUACGAUCUCACCGACGCCCUCGAUGGCCGCGGGUGUUGGCGGCGGACAAGUGCCGUCGGACAUUCAGCUGGAAUCGCCGAAAAAUAUGACCGUCGUGCAGCAGGGUAAAAUUAUGCCCUACAAGGAGGUAACGAAACCGUUCGAGAUGUCCGACUUCUACAAAUACUCCACCAAGUAUCGACAAAAGCAACAGCAGCAACAGCAGCAGCAGCAACAACAGCAAGAACACCAAGAGGCAGGAGGCUACAGCCCGAAGGAAAAUGAUCUGGAAACGAACGGAUCCAACUCCGGGAGCGCGGGUGGUGAUGGCAUACAUAAAGGUAUCUAUCAGCCACCGAAUCGGUCCAUUUGCCAACCGAUAGCUAACAACUACAACUAGGCAGACACACAGAGUCUUGAGAUGUAGGAGGGGUAGAAAGAAAGGCAUCCACAAACGUAAGUCAAAGAUUUCAAUGUUAUAUCGUGCGAAGUUUGUCUUUUUAUUUUCAUCUUCAUCAAUCGAUCGAUAGCGUUUGUUUGUUCCUUAUUCCGCUCUCUGAUCAAUCGCUCGAAGAUUGAUCGUGUAGCUGAAGGGUGUGUUGCAAAUGGGUAAGGGACAGGCGUUGAUUAAGCUAGAAACUGUUGUACCUGUUGCGUGAAAUCGUUUCCUCACUUGAUGGAAUUUUGUUUUAUUGAUAACGGAAGGCAUAAGAUAAGGAGUUUGUUUGUUUGAUUGUAGUUAAAAUCUAUCGCUUUCGCCGCAAUACCUGUCUGGCCAUGUUUUUUUUUAUCGCAAACGGUUCACACACAUACAAAUUUUUGAUAAGUUUUAUGCGAUUCUUUCUCUUUCCCAGGCAUGGGUUUGGGUUUACAAUCAAUGUUCUAUCGUCUCCUCUAGCCUUGCGAUAGAUGCAAGCCAAUGUAGGAUGAAUUAAAGAAUAAUAAAUUUCGAAGAGAACUGUUCAAGAACGUAUCGACCCUAGUGCUUCACAACGGAUCAAUUUAUGGUAGCAGAAAAGAAAUGGUUAUUUUUUUCUUUUUACGUUUUUUCUGUGUACUACAAAAAACAAUCCCAGCAUGUUCAUUGCACAACCCUUUCUUGAUGUUCAUAUAUUAGCCACAAUGUGGCCAGGAUAGGACACACAAAGCUACGUCCGAACAGAACUGAUUACUCAGUUAACGCGCAUCAUCAGGCUAAAAUAUAAGAAAAAUGGUGGAUACAGUGUAGACUCUAGUACAUACCAAAUGGAGGGAACGAACAAAAUGAUAAAUUGAAAAAACAUCCAAUCCAACAACUAACCCCAAUAGGGGAAAUAACAACAAAAAAAUGUCUGGUUUGUCGUUAGCUUAAUUUUGUUGAAUACCAUUCCUCACACAAUGGCGUAUCCUCGAACACAAGACUUAUGAGUGAAGCAUUUCUACCGUAACCAUAGUUUAUCAACUUUCAUUGAUGAAUGAGAAUCGUCGACGCUAUUGAAAAGAUAUUGAACCAAUAUGAUGGUUAGAAUGAUACUUAUUUUAUAAACAUGUUUGGAAUUGUCAUUUAGUAAGCUUAAUCAAUAAAACAGCGCAUAGCUUACGGUCUAUGAUAGUAAAAGGUUUACGGGCAAAUAGGCUGAUUUAUUAAAGUAAUUCUGAAAGCUUAGAUUCUACAUUUUACCGAUUUAUGUUUGUAUUGUUUAAGUAGAGUACGAAAAAUCAUUAAUUUGUCAUAUAAGCUGUAAAAAAGGAAACACAUCAUCUGCAUCAUAUUUACCUUCCGACUGAAGAUACUCGUGUACCACGUGUAGCAUAGUGGCUACAUUGCCCUUGUUAAAAUGUUUAAAAAAUUGAAAAAGGACUCUAUUGUACCUUAGCCUUAUAGUUUGUACCAAUAAAAGUGCAUGUUAAGUCUUAGACAAUAAGUUGGGGUGAUAAAACGUAUAACCGGCAAUCGACAAGUUGAUACAUAUUUUUCGACAUGUUAGUUAUUGUAUGUGAAAAAUGCAGGAUUGUUUGCAAAUAUACAAAAAA